AUGGAGAAAGAAAAUAGAACUGCGGUUGCAGAAUUUGUCUUUCUUCAUUUCACCAGCAUACCAAACCUUGAGACCCUGCUGUUUGUUCUGUUCUUAAUCAUCUACAUCCUGUCUCUUAUGGGGAACCUGCUGAUUAUUGUUAUUGUGCUGGUAGAUUCACACCUGCAGACUGCCAUGUAUUUUUUCAUCUGCAAUCUGUCGAUGGUCGAGGUCUGGUACACCACCGUCACAGUGCCUAAGAUGUUGGAAAAUCUGCUGUCGAAAAAGAUGACCAUUUCCAUUCAAGGAUGUAUCACCCAAUAUUACUUCUUCUUUGCCUUUGCUGCUAUAGAGCUCUUUAUCCUUACAACCAUGGCUUAUGACAGGUACCUUGCCAUCUGUAACCCAUUACGUUAUUCUACUAUCAUGAAUCCUGUGACAUGCAGAAAUGUAGCUGUGAUAUGUUGGUUUGUAGGGUUUCUCUGCCCUAUGUACACAUCGUUUAGGUUAGCGAAAAUUUCCUUCUGCAACCCCAACAGGAUUAAUCACUUCUUCUGUGAUGCUGGGCAGAUAUUUCGACUUGCAUGUAUGGAUACAUAUGCCAUUCAGGUUGUGGGCUAUGGCUUUAGCUCAGUCAUUAUAAUGGCUGCUCUUUUAUUCACUCUAGCUUCCUAUAUAAAGAUUUUAAUCACCAUAUUGAAAAUGUCUUCUGCUGCUGCCCGGAGGAAGACGUUCUCUACCUGUGCCUCUCACCUCUCUGUAGUCACCAUCUAUUUUGGCACUCUUAUUUUCAUGUAUGUCCGCCCCGCAGUAAAAUACAAAUCAAAUGCCAACAAAAUUGUGGCUGUUUUUUACUCUGCGAUAACUCCACUGUUGAACCCAAUGAUAUAUACACUGAGGAAUAAAGAUGUGAAAGAAGCCUUGAAGAAAACUUUCCUCAGAAAUGCACACUAA